AUGGGACGUAAUUCAUUUCUUCUACUUAUUAACCUUCAUUACUGGUUCAAAUAUCAAACUCUGAAGCUCAGUCUAUCGUACAAACGCUGUCGUUACAACAUACGAAAUUAUCGACCAUAUAAAGCGUAUCAAUCAAGCAUAAGCAAUGGUUUUCACGCACAGAGCGUAUAUAUAAUGCUGAACAUUGCACUAUUCAUGAUCUUCAACAUUUGA